AUGUCCUCUUUCUGGAAGCCUGGAAAGACGGCACCAGGCAGCUCACUUGAUCGAGCCAACGAAGCUGAAGGAUCAUUGACUAUCUCCUCAUUACACAAUGACGACGGUGGCAUACAGAGCCAGCGAGAUUCUCUUCCAAUACACAAGCAUCGCCAGAAGCUGCUGUGGAUGCUCGAGAGAUACCAAGUCACAAUUGUAGUAGGCCAGACUGGGUGUGGAAAGACCACUCAAUUGCCGCAGUAUGUGAUGGAAGAAGGCUGGGCUGCUCCCCCUUAUACUAUUGCGUGCACACAACCACGCCGUGUAGCAGCAACUAGCAUAGCUCAGAGAGUAGCACAGGAAGUUGGCUCAGUCUUGGGCGAUGAGGUUGGAUACACCAUUCGUUUCGAAGAUCUCAGUUCUUCAACCCGGACGAGAUUGAAAUACUUGACAGACGGUAUGCUCUUCAGAGAGACUUUGAUGGAUCCGCUUUUAUCAAAGUAUUCGGUCAUCAUGAUCGAUGAAGCACAUGAGCGGAAUUCAUACACAGACAUUCUUUUAGGUGUCUUGAAGAAACCAGACCUUCGCAUUGUCGUCUCCUCAGCAACCCUCACAGCAGAGAAGUUUGUCGAUUUCUUUGGUGGGCCUGAAAAAUGUGGUGCUAUAACCUUGGACGGUCGUAUGCAUCCUGUUGAGGUAUCCUAUACCAAGGAGCCUGUUUCAGAUUAUGUGAGGGCUGCAAUUGACACAGUUGUUGGUAUACACGAGACCCAAGGCGGUGGUGAUAUUCUUGUUUUUCUAACAGGCCGAGAUGAAAUAGAUCGAGCAUUACAAAUGCUCAGUGAUACAAUGAUAGGAAGUCGGCGGCAGCCUGAGUCACUGAUGGGACUACCUCUUCAUGCCGGGCUUACAAGCGAAGAGCAAUUGAAAAUCUUCCAGCGGCCUCCGAUGGGCGUACGCAAGGUUGUCUUCUCAACGAAUAUUGCCGAAGCCAGCGUUACGAUUGAUGGUAUUCGCUAUGUAGUUGACUCAGGCUUUGUCAAGCUGCGCCAUUUCAACCCUUCGACUGGUAUAGAUAUACUUUCUGUCGCACCAUGCUCAAAAGCAUCCCUUACACAACGAGCUGGUCGAUCGGGUCGUACAGCUCCAGGUAAAACUUUCAGACUCUUUCCUGAAAGUGCUCUUUCGAGGCUGGAUGAAUCAACAUUACCUGAGAUAUGUCGAACAGACCUGACUGGAUUUAUUCUGCAGCUCAAAGCACUUGGGAUUAGCAAUGUCUUGCGGUUCGACUAUUUGGAUAGCCCACCUUCAUCAAUGCUUGUUAGAGCGUUGGAACUGCUUUACGCACUGGGAGCUCUAGAUGAUAAUGGUCAUCUUACUUUGGAUCUUGGUAUGAAAAUGGCUGAAAUGCCUCUAGAUCCAAUGAUGGCAAAGAUUCUUCUCAAUAGCGUGUCGUUUGAAUGUAGCGAGGAGAUACUUACAAUAGCAGCCAUGACGUCUGUACAAAACCCCUUCCUCACGCAUGACGGUCAGGGUGAAUUGGAGAGAAGAAAAUUUGUCGCGGAAGAAGGCGACCACCUCACACUUCUGAACGCUUACAACUCAUUUGUAACCAUAGGCCGAAGUAGUAGUCGCUGGGCGGGUCAGCAUAGACUGAAUUUCAAAGCUCUGAGUAGAGCUAUAUCUAUACGCUCACAACUUUCCAAGUAUCUCGAGAAAUACGGACUCAAUCCUAGACUUAGUGCUGGAGUGGAUCAGGAAACCAUCAGAAGAUGCUUGGUGUCUGGUUAUUUCAAGAAUGCAGCUAAAUUCAACCCUGACGGUACAUACACACUAAUCAACGGUAACCAGAUUGUUCAUGCUCAUCCUAGUAGUGUUAUGUUCACGCGCUCACCUCCUACAAAGUGGGUAAUAUUCCAUGAGAUUGUCGAGACGACGAAGAUAUUCAUUCGAGAUUUGACUAUAAUCAAGGAUGAUUGGCUCACUGAUGAAUCCCUCACGCGUGGCUUUUAUCAGUCUAACGAGUCUUCGCGUAAUGGUGAAACACAACAGAAGCGCACGAUGGAAGAGUCGCUCCAGAGAUAUAUUUAG